AUGAAAUCAAAAGGCUCGAAGGGAAAACGAGCUCAAGCACCAAUAUCUAGCAGCAAUGUGCUUAAUGUCAGUGAGGAGGCCGAGUGUGAUGAUGUUGGAAUGGAUUCCUCAAGUGGGGAAGAGAUGAAAAUCGAAAAUUAUGCAAGUACGAGCAAGGUGGCUGCUAGUGAUCAUAUUGGUUCAGCUUCGACUCAUAUUGAGUCACCAAUGCCAAAAGGGAGGCGGCUUAGUAUUCAGAAGUUCAAUAAUUUUGUUGCUCUUGAUAAUACAAGCAAUAGUGGGUUGUGUACGUUCCGACGAGGUGGAACUCAACCUAUUUGA